UAUUACAGAAGCGAAACCUCAGCGCGGCGCCGCACAAAGGCUGCUCACGUGCGGCGCACGCCGCCGGGACCCGCCGCAACUUGGCUGGGGUUCGCUCCGGCCGAGCACCGAGGGGACGGCACGCGGGAGGUGGGGGGGACGGCCGGGGAUCGCUACGACACGCCGGCAGAGCGCCGUACUGGGAGCGGCGUGUCCGGGGAGGUCCCGCAGGAGGAGUUCCCUUUCCGUCAGGACGGCAGACAAGCGAGCUGCCCGGCUGGCUCCUGAGGGAAAGAGCUCCGAACUGCGGCUUGCCUCUCCUUUAGAGCGAAAGGGAGUUUUAUUCUUUUGCUUUCAGUUCGCAGAACUAGCGGCGCGGAGCGCGCUGAGCGGAUUCCGGCACCGGGGUACAACGCUUGUCACGCUGCCUUUUCCGUCGCUCCCUCCCCACGCUUGCACCAAGUUGGGACGGGCGGCCCAACAGAAACACUUCCCGACCCCCGCGCGGCUCGGCUCCCCUCUCCCAGACGUGCCCCACGGUGACUUUUAGGAGGCAAAGAAAAUGAGGGCUUUCCCGGCAGCCAAGCGGAGCAGGCAGCGCCGUUCUGCGCCGCGCAGCCGGACAGCGGCACGUGCCCGCGGCCGUCACACGAGCGGGGUCCCUUUGAACCCCGCACCCGGUGCGCGGACUGCCCGCUCGGGGUUGAUUCGUAGCACCUUGCGCGGAAGUGAACGUUUCGCACGGAAGGGGCGGAGCUCCGCCCCGGGCAGCGGCUGCUCGGCGGCGGCUAAUAACAACACGGAGCGGAGCGGCAACUUCGCCCCGUUCUUCCGGCCGCACCGCGCUGGUCGUUCAGCUCGCCUCCUUUCCGCUUUCGCUUUAUUUUUAGUAGAACGAUAAUGUCUCUGCAAAGAGCAGGGCGGGCCGAGCCGGGCCACCCCGCCGGCAGCCCUGAGCUGAGGUAGAGCGCGGCACGCCGGCAGCCAGCCGAGCCCCGGCUGCGGGAGGAAGGAAGGGAGGGAGGGGCGGCCUCGCCGCGGCGCCGCGGGCGGGCGGGCAUGAUCUGGAGGCGGGCGCCGCGCUGCUGGUGGCGGCGGGCGGCCCCGGGCCCCGCCUGCUCGGCGGCGGGCGGCAGGCGGCCCAUCCUGGACAUGUCGUACUCCCGGCACUUCCUGGACUUCCAGGGCUCGUCCAUCCCCAGCGCCAUGAAGAAGCUGGUGGUGACGGCGCUCAGCCCCGACUUCCGCCGGGCGGUCACCCUGCGGCGGGACGCGCCCGUGCCGCUGCCCGGCGACGGGGAGCUCCUCGUCCGGAACAGAUUUGUCGGCAUUAAUGCAUCUGACAUAAACUACUCAGCUGGUCGAUAUGACACGUCAGUUAAGCCCCCGUUUGAUGUAGGUUUUGAAGGUGUUGGUGACGUGGUAGCGUUAGGACUCAGUGCCAGUGCCCAUUACUCAGUGGGCCAAGCCGUGGCCUACGUUAAGGCGGGCUCCUUUGCCGAAUACACAGUUGUGCCUGCCAAAGAAGCAGUUCCUCUGCCCUCUGUGAAACCCGAGUUUCUGACUUUGAUGGUAAGUGGCGCUACCGCAUACAUCAGCCUGGAGAAUUUGGGAGGGCUGUCUGAAGGCAAGAAGGUCCUGGUGACAGCAGCGGCUGGAGGGACGGGCCAGUUUGCUGUGCAGCUCGCAAAGAAGGCCAAGUGCCAUGUCAUUGGAACCUGCUCCAGUGAUGAAAAGAGUGGCUUUCUGAAAUCCAUUGGCUGCGACCGUGUCAUCAACUAUAAAACCGAAAACGUUGAAUCUGUUCUUAGGAAGGACUACCCAGAAGGUGUGGAUGUAGUGUACGAGUCUGUUGGUGGGAAGAUGUUUGACUUGGCCGUUAACUCCUUGGCUACCAAGGGGCGCCUGAUAGUUAUUGGGUUUAUCGCUGGCUACCAAAGCCCUACUGGCAUCCAGCCUAUUAAAGCAGAGUUCUUGCCAGCAAAACUGUUGAAGAAGUCUGCCAGCGUCCAGGGUUUCUUCUUGAACCAUUACUUUUCUGAGUACAAAAUGGCUCUGCAGCACUUGCUUAAGAUGUAUGAAAAAGGAGAACUGGUUUGUGAGGUGGACCUUGGAGACAUGUCUCCAGAGGGCAAGUUCAUUGGCUUGGAGUCUGUAUUUCGUGCUGUAGAUUACAUGUACAUGGGAAAAAACAUUGGAAAAAUUGUAGUUGAAUUACCUCACUCUGUCAACAGUAAGCUGUAAAAACAGAACAAUGAUAUAAAUCAGAAGAGAGAAAAUGGGCACUUUAUGCUUCAGAAUUACUAGAAACAAAUUCUUUUUCUUUUUAACUUAGUAAUGGAUAUUAAAUUUAAAAACAGCAUUAAGGUGUUAAUUAAAAAAAAGUUGAUUCUUUUUUUCCUUCUUUUCUUGAAAGUGCUUUAAUCCAUGGCUGAAGCAUGGACUUAAUGGGCCUGUGUUUCAUGCUGUCGCUUAGGCUAGCGUGAGACAGGAACAUUGUUCUUGACAGAGUAAGUCUUGAUGCAGAGGCAGAUUCGGUCUGUAGACUAGUUUGAUAAAACUUUAUAUAUAGUUCAACUCAGAUUUUUUUUUUUCUUUCAGCAAUUUUGACUCCCUGAUUUAAAAAUAAAAUUGAUAGAACAAGACUAAGUAAAAAGCAUUGCAUCUCGGGGUUGUUUUAUUAAUCUCCUGAACUUUUAGGGAGAAAAAAAAAAAACAACAAAAAAACUAUAGUCUUGAUUUUUUUUUUUUUUUUCCACUAAACGCAAUAAUUAUAAUUUUGCAUCGUGGAUCAUAGUAAUGUUCCUUGACUGUUUACUCAGGGAAAUUUUAAAUUCUAACAUGACAGUAACAGUAUGAAAACUAACGUGACUGUUUUUUAAUUGCUAUCCAUAACCCUAAACAAAUGUGGGUUUUUCUUUCUAAAUCUUUACAAACUGACAUUAUUUUCUUGCCUUUUUGUCUGCUACUGUUAGUGCUUACUGCCCUGUAUCUCCUUUAAUCAGCAUUACAGGAUUAUUGGAGGGGAAUUUUGAGCCGUGUUCACAUAUGAUCAGAUCCUGUAUAUUUUUUUUUAAGAUUUAAUAAAAUAAAAAAAGCUGUUUAAGUGUUUGUGCAUUUCUUUAUAUUGAUACGGUUCUUGGUGAGUAGCUCCUUUGAAGAUGAUUUCUACAUUGCAGAGUUAUUUGACCGAUGAUUCUUGCUGUGACUUCCCAUAAUCAGGCUGCUACUUCUCCUGUUACUGAAUAUUGCUUCUGCAGAAGCCCUUGUAGAGACAACGAGACCAUUUUAAAUCUGCAGUCACGUUACCUGCCACAAAUAGCAUUGCUCAGGAAUAGAUGAUCUAGUGGGUGCAGAUAAAAGGUUUGGUAAAGUUUUGAAAAUACUUCAUCACUUAAUAGAAAUCAUUAAUGGUACAUAGAGGGGGAAUUCCAUCUAGAAGCAUAAUAUUUUUCAGAAUAAUAAAAUACUUUAAACUAUGCUUGCUCUAGAUUUCAACCCCCCCAACACACACACGGCAAAUGUUUAAGAUCUUAAACGUCAUUUCUGCAACAUCUUUUGAAAUAAUAUAUACAUUUAUAUACAGUUGGAGAGAUGGAAAUUUCAUAAGAUCAUACGCAUAAUAAUAAGCUUAAUGAUAGACUGAUAAUGUUUAGGGGUUGGGGGAAAAAAGCCAGAGUAAAUUUAAUUCAGGACUGACUUUACAUGACAGAUUUUUCAGGCAGUGCUGGAAAAGCUUGAAUUUUACUCAGGCAGUAGAGAAAAUUAUUUUAAAAUUUGAUUUAUUGCAUUCUUAUCUGUGCAUUUUUGUGCAUAUGCCAUUAGCAUCCUAAAGCACAGUGUUCAACAAAGCACUGUUCCUUUUUCAUGUCUGAAUAGGCCCUCUUGGAGGAUUUUUGGGAAGGUUAAAAUGAUUUGAGUAUUUCUUUUUUGUUUGUUUUUUUUUUAAACCCAACCAUUUUUGUUAUGACUGAGAUCUCCUGUUAGAAAUCAUUGUCCUCUUUCCUCUAUAGCAUAACAAACAAAGUGGCGUUUAGAUAUUUUGCAUAACGAAAGGAUAUUUUUGG